ACGAGAAAGUGGUUGCGGUGUGCAUAUAUUUGACCAUCACAUGUCUGUAGGUGAAUGUUGCCUCACUGGAGAAGCCUGUGUCGUUCACAGGGUGGCAUCGACACGCGUGUGCGUGGCCUGGAGGUCCUGGGCCCCAAGCCCACCUUUUGGCCGAUCUUCAAGGAACAGCUGUGCCGGCGCACCUUCCUCUUCUACACCACCAAGGCUCACACCUGGUGCCAGGAGAUCUCAGAAGAUCGGGUGCAGCUGCUGCUGCUCUUCAACAGACUGAACAGCGCCUUGCGCCAUGAGCAGGUCUUUGCCGACCGCUUCCUUCCCGAUGACGAGGCCGCCCAGGCCUUGGGCAAGACCUGCUGGGAGGCCCUGAUCACCCCUCUGGUGCAGAGCAUCACUUCUCCAGACCCCAGUGGCGUCAGCCCCCUCUCGUGGCUCCUGACCCAUUACCUAGAGAAUCUGAAAGCAGCUCGGAGCACCAAGGGCUGGGCCGCCGUCUUCAACUCCCGCGUCCGGCACCUGAGCCACCUGCUGGUACAUGUGGACUCCAGCAGCCCCGAGCCCGAGGAGCUGAAGCCCCCGGUGAAGACCAGUGAGUGA